AUGAACAGGGAUAAAAAUAAAUUGUUUGUGACGGGUUACAAAACUUCAGAAAAUGUAAAAGUAGAGACUCCGACAGAACCCGGAACUGCUUCACUGAAACGGCGGAGAUUUAAUGUCAACGACACGUCAACGCAAGAUGCCGGGUCGAAUGUAAUUUUGGAAUACAGAGUGGUCGCGCAUACGUCGGACAUUCGAAUCGAUGACGGAUAUCGUUGGCGAAAAUACGGGCAAAAACUUAUUAAAGGAAGCCCAUUUCCACGAAGUUAUUACAAGUGCACGUCGGAAAACUCCUCGAUGCAAAAGCACGUAGAGCAAUCGGCAGACAACCCGAAACUCUACGUCGUCACGUAUCAUUCCGAUCGUUCUCAAGCGAAUGUCGUGUACGCGAAAUUAAAAGAAUCAGCACCCACUCUCUCGAAAAUAACUAUGCACGGCCUUGACGAAUAA